UUACACACAUUUUUGUACGAACGGUACAGUACUAGAUAGACGGAGAUGGACGGGAGGGGAGGAUGCUGCAUCGCCCGGUAUGCCGCCGCCGGCAUCUACGAUAUGUCGAAGAUGGACCGGAUAAUGCUCAGAUUCCGGCCGAUCGCGCCGAAGCCGGCCGCGGCUGGCUCGGUUUCCCCUGGCUUCGCGCCGGAGAAUAAUAAUGAAGCGUCCGGUAAGAGUGGGCGAGGGAAGAGAAGGUACAGUCGGGAUCAUGGUUCUGGUGGUAGUGCUAAAAGGUAUGGAAAUAGGAAAAGGAAAGCCUCUUCCGAGGAAUCUGAUAAUCCGGUUCAGAAGACGAGCAGUGGCGGGGCGGUUUCUGGCGGGGAGGCGGUGGUUACGCUGCCGUUGCUGCCGGAGACGCCCGACCGGAAAGAUUGUCCUGCAAGUGGGUCUCCGAGCGACCAAAAAGGGCGGAGCGGAACGAUCUGGCUGAACUUCCGGUGCAACGAUAAAGACAAUCCUCUGGAACACGUGCCGGAUCGAAGGGUGGCGGUGCCGCCGCAGGCCCAGCUGCAGCCGGGGGCGAUCGUGACGGUGGAAUGCGUGACGGAGGCGUGGGUGGAUUCGUCCGGGCUGGGGUGCACAGACGAGGAGAGGUUGGUGAACCUGGAGUGGGACACGUGUCCAGGGUUCGUGACGGACAGGGCUGGUCGGGUGGUGUGGACGAACCGGGCGUACCGGAUGAUGGUGGGGAGCGAGAUGAUGACGUGGCUGGUGAUGAAGGAGAGGGCGGCGCCAAUAACGUUCCCGGCGUUCACGUGCAGGGUGAGGCUGCAGUACGCUUGGCGGAAGGAGAAGGUAGCGAUGCUGACGGUGCCGUGCGAUGUGUGGAGGAUGGACGAUGGAGGAUUUGCAUGGAGGCUGGACGUUAAAGCUGCCCUUUGCUUGGGUCGGUAAAAAGUUGAAGAUGAAGAAGAAUUCAAAACCCAAAAUCUAUGUCUAAAUCUAAAUCUAAAUCUAAAUCUGAUCAAUGAAACCCAGAUAAGAUUCCACGGCUCCUCGCUCGUCCGUACUAAGCCGCUAAUCCUUUUCUCUCUCUCCCUUUUUUGUUCUCUCUUUUUUUUGUGGGUAAAGAAGAGUGAGAAGCCUUAGAAGUGUAAAUAUUUUUGGCCUUCUGGGGAGUUGCGUUUUAAUUAUCUGCCUGCAGUUGCUGAACCGUGAACUAUAUAUAUAUACUUUGUUGAUCUUGAUCAUCAUCCUCAUCCUGAUCGAUAUCUCUACUGGUGUUUUAUUCUGUUAGUGUUGUAGCAAAAUUGUUAAAGAGAGUUUGCGGAAUCCAAGCUGUAGAACUUUAUUUGUGCGAA